AUGAGGGGAACCCCUCGCCUCGACUUCAGCAUUGCCGGCGACGAGCAGGAGCAACAUCGCAUCCAGCUCGAACAUAACCUCCAGCACACAGAUCUCUCCCUCCACCUCUCCUCCGCCCAUGACGAUUACUCCAUUGAAUACCCCCGGCACCAUCCUGGCCCAACUGCACAAUUCUCUGGCUUUGCCUCCUUUGAUCACUCUCGGGAAGAUUUCGAUCCAGAGGAAGGCCUCAGCCAUAUGCACGCAUGGUCUUAUCGUACCGGUGACGACGAAGAGGGCAUCAACCCGUACGGCGGGGAAACAAUGUCUACCGCUGCUCACCAUGCUAGCGCACUUACGAUCAGCGCCGGUCUCGGUGGCAGGGGAAUACGCCGUGACAUUAGCCUCAGUGGGGCAGAAUACGAUCCUGAUCGCCCCCUCCAGGACCUCGUCGCCAACAUUGAUAGCAAGUUCAGUCUCAUGGAAAAUGAUACCGCCCGGUCUCGCCAAAUCGCGCCGUAUAACCAACUCAUCGCUGAUAGCCCCGCUGACCUCGAUCGCGUUCUCGCCUCACAACAAGCUCGUGCCACAGCCGCUCGAUUUCGCUCCCCGCGCUCUCCACACUCUUCUGCAACCUCUAACUCUGAGCCCGAUACGCCCGACCCGAAUACCUCCUUCCGCCCCAAGCUUUCGGACGCUCUGUCGCAUUUGUCGUUCUCACCCAAACGUCCGCGCUCUCCCCAACUCUCUUUCCGCUCCUCGUCUCCUGCCCCGUCCCACACGCGUUCGCACCGCUCACGGGGCUCGAACGUCCAUGUCGUAGAGGAACACCAAUUGCCACCACCCUCCCAACCGUCGCUGUCUUUCCGAGGGAAAGACUACCAGAAUGAACCCACACCUAAACCGAAAAAGACGCGCCUUCUCCCUGCUCGUGCUUCCGGUCCUGAAAUCACCGUCCGGCCACCAACGCCCUCUUCUAACAACUCGAGAUUCACUAAGCUUGCUCGGGGCCUAGCUCGCGAGCUUGAAACAGAGCAAAGCCGGUGGCAGUACCCAGAACCAAGUCAGGAAGAUGGUGCGCCCCCGCAGGGCACUGUGAAUGCGAGAGUCAAGCCACCCGCAGGUUCUUCCCGACCCCCCUUCGUCAGUGCCAAACGGACUAAUAAGUCCGGGAUCGUCCAAUUACCCGACGUCACCGGCUUGACGAAUGCAGUCGAGAGUCCGGUGAAGGCUGGCUUGCAGUACUAUGGCUACCCAGAUGAUGAUGACAUCAAUGGGGACAAGGCCCAUCUACUUACAGCGCUAAAUCAAGUACAACACAAGCUCGCUCACUUGGAAGCGGAGAACAACACGUCAAGAAAGCGCAUGCGCGAAUUUGAACGUGAACUCGACACUUGCAGGCAAGAAGUUGCUCGGGAACGAGAACGUGUUCAACGACGCGAGGACGUCAUUGCCCGCCAGCAGCGCGAGACAGAGGUCUUCAAGAAGGGCAAGGGACGAAUGAUCGACGAUGGAGAGGAAGAUCACAAGAGAUACAAAGAAGCAGUCGAAGAGAAAAAAGCUCUGGAAUCUCUCAUCUCAACACUGCGCUCACACAUGUCGCGGCUCACCAACGAACUUGCCUCCCACCAAAGUCUGCUGGAUGAACUGCGAUCGCUCCGCGCGGCAGACUCGUACACUCUCCAUGAGAAGGUCCGUGAGGUCGACCGCCUGCGUACUGAGGUUGAAAAGGUUGCCGGCGAGGUCGAGGUAUUGAAGGGGGUCGUGGAAGAAGGCCUUCGCGAACGAAGAAACCGACAGGAACGUACCAAGGCCUCAAUUAUGGAUUCGGAACCCCACCGUCAGAUGCAGACACCAUACGAGACACAAGAGGCGGACCCGCAAACUGAGGGUGGAGGGGCAGACGAUUCCGAGCAGGAACAGGAGACGCGUGAGGAGGCAGGGGAAGAUACUGCUGAAUCAUCGCGGCUUUCUGUUUCGCCUUCUCCUCGUACUGCUCUCCCCGAUAGAACCAUACGAACCGAUCAGGCCACAGCAGGCACCUCUCAGCUCAUUGGCACCAGCACUCGACGCUACGUCAACUCUGAUGAGCUCGAGCGCAUUUCUAUGGAAGUGGAGGAACGCCGCUCUGAACGUUCACUGCGAUCGGCAUCCCGCCUCUCUAACUCUUAUUCCCGCUCUCGCUCUGCCGCCAACUCGCCAGUUCCUUCGCGGUCCCCUUCCGUGGCUGGCUCCGUGUCCGGAUCCGAACGCAGCGCAGCGCGGAGUAGGCAUUUCUCGACGUCUAAUGAAGACAAAGGGACUGGGCCCCAGCAAGCUCGAGCAGCCUCACCGACGACCAGCCAUACGUCUCAGCGUCUUCGUCGACCCUUCUCCAGCCCCCCUCAGAUACCAGCCGAGUCCCGUCCUCCCGCACCCACGCCUGCCCACGCAGUCGGCAUUUACGCAAAUGCCACAUUGGAUGCCGACCAGUCACACAUACCUGCACCGACCAAGGAUGAACACAGGCGACGCGGUCGGAAUAUUCCUCCUCCUUCAUCCUCCGACGCGCCUGCGUCCACGCCGUUUCCCGAGAUUCGAGGUGCUCGCCUUGAGCGUAUGUUCUUCUCCGCACCUGCUCAUAACGAGAAAACGUGCAGGAUGUGUCGGCAGCGACAGCGCCCUCAUUCUCCGCUGGAUGGCAAUGGCGCCCAGAAGCCAUUAUGGUAUCCUGCGAGUCGAGGACGUGAUGUGAGAGCACGCGUUGACGAUGAGGAGGAGGGGGGGGGGAAUGACAGCAAUGGUCGGGUGGAAGGAGCUGAGCCAAACGUGGGACGCGAUAAAGGCAAGGCAUCAGACACCGAUGCCUACAACUUAGAAUUCCUCAAACGGAGUACGCCUCGAGACCGACUGCCUCCACAGACGGUUUUGGUUCGGGUCCUCCGAGAACUGGAAGAUGACUUUACGCAUUAUAAAGGGAUCUAUACCGAGCUCGCUGACCAGUAUAAGCUUAUGGACCCUGCGUCGAACGUGGUUAAACGGAACGUUCUAGCAGAGCAUCUGCGCGAAGUCAUUGACAUUCUUGAACAGAAGGGAGACCAAAUCGCAUCCCUUUACGACCUGCUGACGUUUGAAGACAAGCCGGUAGCCGACUCUGUCAUCCCCGAAAAGGUGCUUCAGCGCCAGCCCCACGCCGGACCAUCCGGCAUAGGGCGGAGUAAAAAACAUACAGCAUUUGUUUAAGUAUCUCCUUUGAUACCCGUGAUUUUCAACAUUGGUUCGAAUUUAAUUUGCGUGGACUUUUUUUCCUCAUUCUUGUUUUUAUCGAUAGUAUCUCCUCGUACUUUUCUUACAUCUGGCGGGCCUCUUCUCUUUGCAUCUAAUUUUCGUUGUGACAUCGUUCUAGUGUGUGGCGUAGGUGUUGAUGAAUUCAAUGAUGGGUC